AUAUGUGUAUAUGGUAAUUAGGUACGGAUAAUUCGUCAUACUUUUGUUUAUUGUGGACACAAACACAGAUACUGCGAAAAUACGAUUGAGAAAAUGUAGAGCUCUGCAUCCUGAACACAACUUCCGUCUGACAACUCGCUGAGAGUGAAAGUGAAAGCCUUUGAAUGUCCGCUUGCUGGAAAGCGUAAUAAAGCAGAUUUUCCAGAAUGUCACAUUUCGUUGUCUCAUUCGUUCCGAGGAUUGCAUUAUAUGUAAAUUAAUGUGCCAGCUAUUCGAAGCAGCAGCAGACAGAUAAAGAGAGAGCUCAUCACCUCAAGCCACCAAACAAUGUCCAGUAACAGCCACUGAUGAUACAGGUCAAGUAAACAAGAAAAAAGUCCAAACACCUACGAACACACAGUUGAUGAAUGUCUUCAUCAAAGAAGUUAUGAGGCAUCGAAAGUUUCACCCACAAGUCAGGUGAAAUGUGAUCAAAUAAACAUAGCUAAAGACAACCCUGGGAUGUCUGUUAACCAGAUAGCAUCUGCUACUCGUGAGAGUGUGACUAAAAACAAAUAUUCUGGUGUUAAUGCAACAAAGCAUACCACAGAUGAUGAUGAAAUAAUGGCAGACUCUUUGAAUGAUCCCCCUGAUGACGCCUUUUUGGUGGAAGGUGACAUUGAGGGAGAAAAAAUGAAGGUUACAGAUACGGACUUGGAUGAUAAAUGCAUUGAAUAUGAAUUGAUAGAAGCACAGAACUGUAGCGCUGAUAAAGGUGAUCAAGAAGAGCCUGCACUAAAAAAGAGUAUAGGCCUUGGGGUGGAAGACACAGAUGAAAUAGACACAGAAAUUUCAGACCGCAAAAGCCAGCAAGUUGAGUUACAAGAGGAACAGAAAGCAGACGUUACACACUGGGUGGUGCUUGUGGCACCUAUUACACUACAGGACCUAGCACAACACCAUACAGAAAAGAUUGCAAAACUUUGUGGAGAAUUGGGGUUCAAAUUAGUUCGAACACCCUCUCUAACUAUACGAAAAGAAAACAAGGAUUUUAAAAAACUGCCAGCUGCUUUGUCAUUAUUAACUUCUGGUAUAUUGCACCUGAGAGUCAGGUGCAAUUACCUGGUGCAAGUAAUGAAAAUGCUGCUGCAAAUGGACCUACAUGCUGAAAGACUGACUGUGUCCAUCAGACAGUCAUUUUCUUCUGACAAAUCAGAACUUGAUGUUUUGAAUGAUUCAGAUGAUGAAUCUAAUGAUUCUUCCAAAAAUGUUCGAUCCAAAGCAACCUUUUUCUUACAAGAUACGAAAAAGGUGCAAAGAAUGGUGAGCACUUCUGCUUAUCCAGACAACAAAGAUGAUCUAAAGCAUCGUUGCUUAUACCUGAAGGAGGUUCCAGAUACACUUCACACAGUUCUUCUCAAUGCAGUCUUUCCCAUGGCACUAUCUGUCGAUCGCAUAAAGGUUAACCCUGGUAGUGAUUACAGUUCAGUCAUAAUGGAAAUGGCAUCUUCAGAACAAACCAAUUCAAUCCUGCAUAUUUACCAAGGGCUUACAUUUGGUCACAGCAAGCUUGUUGAUAUGGCCACUUACACCAGAACCUUGCAGAGUGUGCAGAAAUCAAUUGCCAAAGAAAUAGCUGCAACAGAACUACAGAAGAGUUUUUCUGGUAGAAGUGGAAAGCAUAAGGUGGAAGGAGAGCCUCAGAACCAGCUUGCAAGACAAGCAGCUCAGUUUUCUGGCAGCAGUCGACAGCAGCAGAAGGCUGUAAGAGGAUUAAAAAUCAGAAGACGUCCAAGACACCGACCAUUUCAGAGAAAGAGCAACCCUUCUCCUUUGGAAGCCUUUGGUGCCAUGCAGCAGCAAGCAGUAAAACUGGCAGAAAUGGAGCGGAAAGUUGCAUUUCUUCAACAGCAGGCACAGAUGAACCAGAUGGCCAUUAUGCACCGGCAGAAUGUUGGGUACCCUUCAGGCUUUGCUGACAAUGAAAGCAUGUACCAAUCUGGAAACUUUAGGUCAACAAACCUUUUUCAAAUGCAAAAAUCGUCCAACAGUAUCCUUCCAGCCCAGCAAAGAAAUCCGAUCAGAAAGCGCUUUGGCAGAAAGCGAUAAGAACUGAAUUCAGUGGUGUUAAUUGUCUUGGUCACCAGCAUCAUCUGACAUAUUGCCAUUUUUAGUUUUGUUUUUUUUUUUUUAGGAUCUGCAGGUUUCAUGUUAGAAGUUUAUUUCUUUGUAAGUGGACCAGAUGAUGAUAAAUGAAUUCAGUCCCAGCAGUGCAUCAUGAUUGCUGCAGAUAUAGAAUAUAGCUUUAUACCUACUAUCAUCAGCAAUAUUGUCCAGCAUGAUUCAAAUCUAAGUGUACAAAAAUGCUUAUUUUUUAAAAAAUAGAAACAAGUAAUAACCACACAUCCACACCUUUAAGAUGAAGUGAAGCCGUAUAUACACUUGUUCAGCAUUAACUGCUGUAGAACUGUGCAAAGGUUGCAUUAGAAGAAAAAAAGACAAAAUUGCUCUUUAAGUGUGUAAAGGAACCAUAAGAAAUGAAAUGUGUUGUAGAUGGAUGCCUUUCCACAUUGGAUUAUUUCUCAAAGUAACUGAUAAUAGUAUGGUUUUUCUCAAAUAAAAUGUUCAUGAAACUAAA